AUGACUAUAUCUUACGCGGGUGAGGUACCAAAUGGGAGUAGUUUCGGCUGUUUCUGGCGGAUCCUUUGCAAAUGGCGAGGGAGUGUCUACAAGUUGGUGUGGCGCGAGCUCCUUGCCUACCUCACUCUUUACUACACAAUAAAUUUAUUAUAUAGAUUUGCGCUAACAGAGCACCAACAAAGAGUAUUCGAGAGGGUGCGUCAGUAUUUUGGCGCGCAAAGCGAGUCAAUACCCGUAUCCUUCGUGCUUGGCUUCUAUGUGAGCUUGGUGGUGAAGAGAUGGUGGGAACAGUACAAACUGCUGCCGUGGCCCGACACCCUGGCCCUCUUCAUAUCUGCGGGGAUUCCCGGAGCGGAUGAGACUGGACGACUGAUGAGGAGAAAUAUCGUCAGGUAUGCGAUCCUGGCAUACGUCAUUACUCUACAGAGGGUGUCGUUACGUGUAAAGAGGCGGUUUCCAACAUGGCAACAUGUUGUCGACUCCGGUUUAAUGCUGGAGAGUGAGAGAAAAGUGUUCGAAAAGAUGGACGGCAAAAGUCCAAUGUCGAAAUACUGGAUGCCCUUAGUGUGGGCAACGAACAUAAUAAACAGGGCUCGAAAAGAAGGGCUUAUAACUAGUGACCAUAUAGUGCAGACGUUGCUGGUCGAACUCUCAGAUAUAAGGCGACGGUUGGGAGCUCUGAUCGGAUAUGACACCGUGUGUGUGCCUCUCGUCUACACUCAGGUAGUGACUCUAGCGCUAUACACAUACUUCGUGGCGGCGCUCAUGGGGAGGCAGCUCGUGCCGCCAGCGCCUGGCAGCACAUCGAAAUACGAACCGGAUGUUUACUUCCCAUUAUUCACUGCUUUACAGUUUUGUUUCUACGUGGGAUGGUUGAAAGUGGCCGAAGUUCUCAUUAAUCCCUUCGGCGAAGACGACGAUGAUAUCGAGCUUAAUUGGCUUAUAGAUAGGCAUAUAAAGGCAGCAUACAUGAUAGUAGAUGAGAUGCAUGAAGAGCACCCAGAACUCCUAAAAGAUCAAUAUUGGGAAGAAGUAGUGCCGAAGGAUCUGCCUUACACAGUAGCAUCAGAGCACUAUAGGCGCCAUGAACCACCAUGUUCCGCAGACCACUACAAAGUGAAAGCUGAAGACGCAGUGUACGCAAAUGUUCAAGCGCCAAGGAAAAGCCAUGACGAAACCUAUGCCGACUAUGAAAGCGUUGACACACCAUUAGUAGAGCGUCGUAAAAAUUGGUUUCAAAGACAGAUCUCUCGAAUGGGAUCAGUUCGAUCGGCAUCCACGGCAUAUUCGUCGGGAGGUUUCUUUGGUAGAAAUCGUCAUAACUCCGUUGUAUAUUCAAGCCCCGAGGCCGGACAACCUGUAGCCGCUCCACCACAUAAAAUGUCGCUAUAUGAUAGACUUGUUGGAAGAAAGUCCGGAAGAGGACAACAUCGACAAAACUCAAAACAUGGCCAAAAGACCAACGGGUCUAUACCAACAACAUUGAGGAACAGACCACGUAUUCCCACACCAGAUGUCACCAAGGAGGUGAUGGAUCGAGAGAACAGGAUAGCUAUGAGGACAUGGGGUCCAGUUCAGGAUAUGGGGGUGAUAAUGCAUCAGGCAUACCAGAAUGAAGUACCAGUUUUAGGGGCGCUAGUGCUUUCCCCUAUACAGGAGUUGGAUAGUGGAUCAGUGAACAACACUUUGCACGCCGGACAACCCGGGACCACAGCGUUGGCUCAAGCUGUAUUGUCACCUGGAUUGAGUCAAGGUAUAACCCCCAUGCUGACGACUACCCCCGUGGUAACCCCCGUGACUCUUUCUCCCAUUGUCUCACAACUCACUCUCUCUACACCCACUACACCUAUAGAUAGAAAAGCAACAGUAACAGAAAUACCAUCAGAUACGGAAACCGGUACACCACCCGAAUUCACAAGAAAAAGCUCAAAACGAGGUGAAGUAUACGUU